GGGCGGGCCCGCGCGUCCCGGCCGGGCUGCGGCGGAGCGAGCGGGGCCAGCGCUGCAGAAGGCGGCGGCUGGCUCUCCGGGACGGUCACAUCCCGCUGCAGGGGCGGGCGGAGGCCGCCGCACUGCCUUCCGCACCGGGGACCCAGGCCAGCGUCCGGGCAACGCCCCCUGCUCCCGGACAGACUCCGUGGCCCGCCCGAGCCCUGGGGGCUCCGCGGACCCGCGCCCGCUCCGCCGGCAGCUCGGCCCCGCGCUGCCCGCGUCGCCGGGCCCGCGCCGGGAUGGGGUAGGGGCAGCGCCACCGAGUCGGGCGAUGGGCCGCCCUCUGGGCACCGAGCAGCCCCCGGAGGCCUGACCAACCGCGAGGACCGGCGGAGGAGCCCCGCCUGGAUGUCAAGCGGAUGCCACAGUGCCCCCCCCCCCCCAGCGGACUCGGUGGGGACAUGGCUUCGCUGGUGCCCCUUUCCCCAUAUCUAAGCCCCACGGUCCUCCUGCUGGUCAGCUGUGACCUGGGCUUCGUGCGAGCAGAUCGGCCUCCUUCUCCUGUGAAUGUGACGGUCACUCACCUCAGAGCCAACUCGGCCACUGUGUCCUGGGACGUCCCAGAAGGCAACAUCGUCAUUGGCUACUCCAUUUCCCAGCAACGGCAGAAUGGCCCCGGGCAGCGUGUGAUUCGGGAGGUGAACACCACCACCCGGGCCUGCGCCCUCUGGGGCCUGGCUGAAGACAGUGACUACACAGUGCAGGUCAGGAGCAUCGGCCUUCGGGGAGAGAGUCCCCCAGGGCCCCGGGUGCACUUCCGAACUCUCAAGGGUUCUGACCGGCUGCCUUCAAACAGCUCAAGCCCAGGUGACAUCACAGUGGAGGGUCUGGAUGGAGAGCGGCCACUGCAGACUGGGGAAGUGGUCAUCAUUGUGGUGGUGUUGCUCAUGUGGGCUGCUGUAAUUGGGCUGUUCUGCCGUCAGUAUGACAUCAUCAAGGACAAUGACUCCAACAACAAUCCCAAGGAGAAGGGAAAGGGGCCGGAACAGAGUCCUCAGGGAAGGCCAGUGGGGACAAGACAGAAAAAGUCACCAUCUAUCAACACCAUUGAUGUUUGAGUGAAGAAACACACCCAGAAGAGAGAUGCACUAACAACUGGGGAUGGGGAUGGGGUCAGGGAGAGCCCAAGAUGGUGAUCUGCCCGAGACUCCCAGAGGGUAAUACCACUCCCACAAUCUCAGGCCUGGUACCCAUCCUCUUUCCACUGUGAGCAGAGCCAGAAGGUAGGUCUGUUCAGAGUCUGUGCCCCUGGACCUGCGGAGUGGAUAUCAGAUGGGAUAUCUCCUUCCGUUCCCCGGUCCAGGGGAGAGUCACUUGUUGUACCCUACUCCAUUAGGUCCCAAAUGGGGGCCCCAUUUCACCUGUAUCAGGACUUUCAGCAUCCCCAGCUGCCCCACAUCUUGCCUCUGGGCCUCAGAGAGGGGUGUUUCUAUGGGUACUCAUCUUACCCCAGCAAAUAAAAGGAAUUGUCUGACCCUAGAGGCAGAUGCUGCACUGCACUACUCCAAUGUCUUCCAUGGAGCCUCAGGUGCUCCCCCUCUCACCUGGCAGCCCCUUCAGCUGCGAGUGAUCUCACUCGUUGGACAUUUUUCCAAUAAAGGUUCUUGGACAAACUGGA